AUGACCUCAGAACCCCCGAGGUCACCCUCCUCUCAUGACCUCAGAGCCCCCCGAGGUCACCCUCCUCUCAUGACCUCAGAGCCCCCCAGAGGUCACCCUCCUCAUGACCUCAGAGCCCCCGAGAGCCCCCGAGGUCACCCUCCUCUCAUGACCUCAGAGCCCCCUAGAGGUCACCCUCCUCUCAUGACCUCAGAGCCCCCAGGAGGUCACCCUCUCAUGACCUCAGAGCCCCCCAGAGGUCACCCUCCUCAUGACCUCAGAGCCCCCCAGAGGUCACCCUCCCUCAUGACCUCAGAGCCCCAGAGAGCCCCCAGAGGUCACCCUCCUCCUCACACCCUCAGAGCCCCCUCAGAGGUCACCUCCUCUCAUGACCUCAGAGCCCCCCAGAGGUCACCCUCUCUCAUGACCUCAGAGCCCCCCCCAGAGGUCACCCUCCUCUCAUGA